GGCCAAUUGGGUUUUCGAGAACUGCAAGGAGGAAAGGGGUAACGUUGUCAUCUCAUCUCUCUCUCUCUCCUCUCCCAUGCCUUCGUUUUUUUUUUGGAGUCGCAGACAACCUUGAAAAAGUGGGGGAAGCUUCCUAAAAAAACCACACGGUUUUGCUUUUGCUUUUGUCUUUCUUUUCGCCGCUCGUGUUUUGAUCAUCAAUCAGCAGCAAAUCAAUGAGAAAUAGAAUCAAAGACCCUGUAUUAGACUGGACUUCGUAAGGGCUAAUUAUAGAGAGGUUUUGGAAUAGAAUCAAACUCUAUGAGUAUCAAAAAGAAAGUACUGGUGGUUGUUGACUACAACUUGAAUUUGGCAGAGGAGUUACUUACAGCCAUUGAAGGAGCUCAGAUGUACUUUGCAGAACCAGAAAGGUUAUGAUUACUCUGUUUGUUUCGUGCAAAAGCAAAACCCAGUUCAGCUUAUAAGCUCAGAAUGAUUCCCUUUCGAAUCAUUGUCUCAAUUUUCAUAAUUGUGUUUCCAAUUCCAACUAGAGCCCAAAGCAAAGACGCGUGCAAUUCUACAUGCGGCAGUGGAGGUAAAACCGUAACCGUACAGUAUCCUUUCGGGUUCUCGGGCUCGUGCCCGAUCCGAUUGCACUGCGCCAGCAACUCCGAAAUCCAACUCAAUGACAAAGAGCUCUCGCUCCAAGUCGCCCACAUAACCUCGCAAAGCAUCUUCCUCAAUCUGUCAGAUGAUUGCCGCCGUCCGAUUGAAUCAAUCGAACCGCUCUUCAAUGAAAGCAACAACUACCGGCCGACGCGCCAGAACAGCCUCCUCCUCAAGAACUGUAACAGAACCCAGCCAAACGACUGCGUUUUGUCCACCAGUUUAUUCCCGUUCAAUUCGAAUACCUGCAACUCGAACUCGAAAAGUGGGGACAACGUAAGCUGCUUUUCGCAACAGAGUGGAGUAGGGAACAAGAAGCAGCAGAAGUUUUUGGACCUCAAGGCUGUCCAAAACACAACCUGCAAAACCGUGUUCUCUUCCAUCUUUGUUGAGUACAAUGGAAAUGGUUCGCCGCUCUCGCUCCAGUUUCACACGCUCGAGUUGCAGUGGUGGCUCAAUGGGUCCUGUAGCAGCUCUACUUCUAUUUGCUCCAACGAUUCGAACUGUACGGAUGUUAAGAGCGACGACGGUAGAUUUCUAGGGUUCCGGUGCAGCUGUAAGAAUGGGUUUCGCGGUGAUGGAUACCACGGCGGCGAGGGUUGCCGAAAAAACGAGACAAGUAAUUCCUCUCCAGUCGAGACAGUUUCUGCUUGCAAUCCUAAAAGGUACCUGUCUGGCAAAUGUGGAAGCAAUAGUAAAGUUCGUUUUCUCCUUGGAGGGUUUGCUGCUGGAGCUUCUAUAGUGGCUGGUCUGUUUCUUUUUUGUUACUUUAUUCGGCGUCGUUCCACUUGUUUGAAAAACCAAAUGAGUACAAGACGCCUUGUAUGUGAAGCUGCUGGCAACUCCAGUGUUCCUUUAUAUCCCUACAAAGACAUAGAAAGAGCAACUAAUAGCUUCUGUGAGAAACAAAGGCUGGGAACUGGAGCUUUUGGUACGGUUUAUGCAGGAAAACUUCACAAUAAUGAGUGGGUUGCCAUAAAAAAGAUCAAACAUAGAGAUAACAACGGUAUUGAUCAAGUCUUAAAUGAGAUUAAGCUCCUUUCCUGUGUGAGCCACCCAAACCUAGUCCGCUUGUUAGGUUGCUGUAUAGAGGAAGGUGAACAAAUCCUUGUCUAUGAAUUUAUGCCUAAUGGUACUUUAUCUCAGCAUCUACAAAGAGAGAGGGGCCCAGGUCUCCCAUGGACAAUACGACUCACAAUUGCUGCUGAAACUGCUAAUGCUAUAGCAUAUCUCCACUCUGCCAUGAAUCCACCAAUUUAUCACAGAGACAUCAAAUCGAGCAAUAUAUUAUUGGAUUUCAGCUUCAAAUCAAAGGUAGCUGAUUUUGGUCUUUCUAGACUUGGCCUGACAGAAACAUCACACAUCUCGACAGCCCCACAAGGGACUCCAGGCUAUGUUGAUCCUCAAUACCAUCAAAACUUCCAUCUUUCUGAUAAAAGUGAUGUUUACAGUUUCGGGGUAGUUUUAAUAGAGAUAAUAACUGCAUUGAAAGUUGUUGAUUUUGGUCGACCUCAGACUGAAGUGAAUUUGGCAGCACUUGCUAUUGAUAGGAUUGGGAAGGGUUGUUUGGAUGAGAUAAUUGAUCCUUUCCUUGAACCACAUAGGGAUGCUUGGACACUUUAUUCUAUUCACAAGGUGGCUGAGCUUGCCUUUAGAUGCCUUGCUUUUCAUAGUGACAUGAGGCCUUCUAUGAUGGAAGUGGCAGAAGAGCUGGAACACAUCAGGCGCAGUGGGUGGGCAUCAUUUGAGGAAAAUAUAUGCAUGGCAGCUUCAGUGGUAUCCUCUUGCUCAUCACCGCGUAAUGGAAGCAUGAAGUCAUUGGAUGGUAUGGUAGUCGGGAAGGCAGGGGUGGAGAGCCAGAGAUUGUUUGGCUUGAAGAAGGUGAACGAUUGUCUGGCUUCGCUGGAGGAGGUUAAGGAUUGCUCCCCUGUUUCUGUUCAUGAUGUUUGGUUAAGUGACCAGAGCUCACCUUCAACGAACAGCUUGUUGGGUAAAAUGUAAAUCGGUGAUAUGAAAGCUUAUUAGCUUUAUGUUAUCUUGUGAAUACCAUACAAGUAUUUUAGAGCUCUGUCUUACCAAUUACCAACCUUACUGCUUAUACAUUGCUUGUAGGCUGACAUUAUGCUUAAUCUUAGAUUAUACAGUACUUAUAGGUAUCUUUAUUAUGCUUAAUCAUAUAUUUCUCUUGAUAAAUAAAUUACUUUUU